AUGCCCGAACCGCCAACCAAGCGCCGCAAGGUUCGUAAGGGCACGCGGAGCUGCUGGGAAUGCCGUCGUCGCAAGAUAAAAUGCCACUUUACAAAUGAGGACGAUCCUGUUUGUACAGGCUGUAUUCAGCGCGAAAAAAAUUGUGUAUCGCAAGAAUAUGUCCCUACACCGUCGUCCGUCACGCAGGACAAGCGUCUUGCCCAGCGUCUGGGACGGUUGGAGGAGUUGAUGGAGAAGUUGGUUGACAAUGGCUCUGAACCUCAAUCUCGAAAACGGGCAUCUAUCCCUUCGCCGUCUGGCUCAGAGGAUCGUCCAGAAAAUGCGCAAUUUACGCAAUUUACCCAGCAUAUGGCUGAUGUCUUUGACUCCUCCGCUGUGGUCAAUGUGCAGCGGAUGACACUUGAGCAGAACGAUACUCCUGAUGCGUCGAUAGUCACGCGCCAACCAGCGCCGUAUCCCUCCCGUUCUGCGAAAGCUACCCACGUCUCAGCCCAAUUGCACACUCUUUUCCCGUCUCAGCAAAUCCUUUAUGCCAUAUCGCAGCAAAGUCCCGGUGCGCGCUUCGUCCUUGCAGCAUUCUACUCCCAGCAGGAUCAAAUCGAAGGGAAACCCGAGCCGAUAUCUUCACUCGCUCAGAUUCCACCUGCGACAUCUCAUCCCGCCGUUCUCGCAAAGCGUCUCCUCCAGUUGGCCGUGUGUCUUCAGCAGAUGCCGCCCUUCUUUGACGGGAGUAGUCUCGGGCUGAGUAAAUCACCCCAGGAAACAAUGGAAGAGUGGGUUGCUGUUGCAGGAAGACUGGUUACUUCAGACGAUGACUUUGUCGGCUGCUUGGAAGGUCUAGAGUGCCUCAUCCUGCAGAGUUUCUACCAGAGCGAUGCAGGCAAUUUGCGAAAAGCAUGGCUUACAUGCCGUCGUGCUCUGAACAUGGCUCAACUGAUGGGCAUUGAUCGCAAGAAUGCAAAGGCAAUCCGCUCUGUCGAUCCCUGCUUCAAGAUAAAAAACCGUCCCUCUUCACCAAUGAUCUGGUUUCGCAUCAACUGCAACGACCGUUACCUAUCUCUCGUCCUGGGCCUUUCCAUCGGCUCGCGCGAUAAUUGGUUUGCCGAUGACGACAGCCUCAUAUCAGACGCCCCAAGCGAUAAACUCGGAAAGGUCUACGCCAAAAUCGCCGGUCUAAUCUCUGAUCGUAACGAUCUCAAAGGCAGCGAGGCCUAUGUCCUUACGCAAUCCAUAGACUUUGAGCUUGAGAAGGCUUACAAGAUGAUGGACGACGGGCUAUGGUGGAAACUCCCCGAUAUGGCUAUAUGCUGUGGCACAUCCGACGCUUCAGGUGAUGGGAUGAACGUGAUAAAACUCCAAGCACGCCACUACUCCCUUCUCAUCCUGCUCCAUCUUCCGUAUCUUCUCCGCGACCGCGGCCAGCGACGCUACGAGUACAACCGCGCAACAUGCAUGCAAGCCAGCCGCGACGUGCUGCUCCGAUUCCUCUCGUACCGCAGCUGCUUCACCACAGCCGUAUCGGGUCGGCACGUAGACUAUUCAGCACUCAUAGCAGCCAUGACACUCCUUCUAGGCUAUCUUGGCUGGCGAUGGCCAGGCUACGAGGCGGAGAAGGUACAAGAUAGGGGUCUGGUGGAGAAGACAUUGGAGAAGAUGCAGGAGAUGGGAGCGCUGAACAACGACCGGCUUUGCAUUGAGUCUGCGGAGACAAUUCAGCAGCUUUUGCCUAUAGUUCAGAGACCGUCUGGCACAUGCGGAGAAAACGUCCACCUCAAAGUCCCAUUCUUGGGGACAGUGAAUAUCAACCCUGGUCCCACGCCUCCAGAUUCCACAAUUAUGCCGUCCAACAACACAUCACCAAGUGGCAACCUUGCAGACUCAAUGUCGCAGUUCCCACUCUCAUUCAAUUCACCGGUUUUUGGACAAGAUGAUUGCGAGCUGUCUACCCCAUGUGGCUUUGAGGGAGCUACACCCUGUGCGUUGGACUCUGACUGGCCGUGCUUUACAGCUGGCCCAGAAGAUUGGGCAUUGCAAGGUGUGGACACUACAUAUUGGAGCAUGUUAGGGUUGGGGCAUAGUAUAGAUUAA